AAAUAUUGAACAUUCCAUUUGCUAUUAUUUGCAAUAAUAGUGAAGAGGGCACUGUGCAUUUUGCUGUUAUUCAUGAAGGCAGCACGUUUGGAAAAUGUGGCAAGGAAACGAAAUAGAAGGCUGUGAACGACCGUAAUAGACGCCGUAAUUGUAAUAAAUAAUAUGGUUCGAGGAAGAGGGCGUGGUGGUAUGGGAAGAGGAAUGGGACGACCUGGACCAUUUAAAGUGAAACCAUUUGUUCCUCGACAUCCAUUUGAUCUUGCACUUUGUGAGUCUGCAUUUCCUAGAGUUAAAUCUUUGCCAGAUGAGUCUGCCUUCACCCAGGCCCUUUUGAAGAGGAACACAGACCUGUCGCCAUCUCCUCAUGAGCAAACUUCAGUUCUGAAUUUGGUUACUAAAAUUCAGGCUGUUAUGGACAACCUGGUUGUUGCUCCUGGGACCUUUGAUGCUUGUCAACUGGAAGAAGUUCGACAAGUUGGCUCAUUCAAGAAGGGUACAAUGAUGACUGGACAUAAUGUAGCAGACAUAGUAGUAAUACUCAAGACACUACCAACCAGGGAAGCAGUGGAAGCACUCGGUAUUAAGGUGCAUGAGGAUCUGAAGGUCCAAGAUCCCCAUGAAGUUUUAUCAAUGCUGACAAAUGAUCGAGGGUUUGAGGUGAGCAGUUCAGAUGCCACAGUGCGUAUACUAAUGACGACAGUUCACCAUAACUUUCGAAAGCUUGACCCAGAGCUGCAUCUUGACCAGAAGAUCCUCCAGAGUCAUCUGGCGGCCAUUAGACACAGCCGUUGGUUUGAAGAAAAUGCCCAUCAUUCGUCAAUCAAAGUGCUGAUUCGACUUCUUCGUGAUCUUAGAAACAGAUUUGAAGGUUUUGAGCCUCUAUCACCUUGGAUGCUGGAUCUGCUCGCCCACAGUUCUAUUAUGAACAACCCUAGUCGUCAGACGCUGCCUAUCAAUCAGGCUUAUCGGCGCGUGUUACAGCUUCUGGCAGCCGGUCUCUUUCUUCCUGGGUCUGCUGGUAUCUCAGAUCCGUGUGAGGGAGGAAACAUCAGAGUUCACACGGCCAUGAGCCUGGAACAGCAGGACAUGGUCUGUCUGACAGCUCAGACUCUGCUACGAGUCCUAGCUCACGGUGGAUACAGACGUAUCCUGGGUCUUGAAGGGCAUGCAGGAAUUGCCACUGAGAUGUCAGUAUGGGAAGGAGUCGUAGUUUCUCCUCUCGAUAAAGCAUAUGAAAAGCCUCCAGAAAAGAAAGAUGGCGAUGAAGAUGAUAUGGAGGCUGACGGAGCCGGAGAUGAAGCUAUGGAAACAGCUGAUAACUAGUUGCCUGUUAUCUACAAUGUUAGCAUGGUUCUUUUACAGACUGUUACAACAGGAAAAGUAUGCGCAUCAUACAAGGUUGUCUUGCAAACUUCUGAAAUGGGGACAUUUGCGACUUUUAACGCAGUUCCUUGAAGUUCUGUGUUAAGUUAACUUGAUGACCUUGAAUAUAACACCACAUAGAGUGAAGAUUGUGAGCCGUUCUGUAGGUAAACGUGGUCUCCCGGUUAAAGUUGUCAAAAAGACGUAUCUUUAUAUAAAUUAUUUGACAAUUUAAUCUUUGGUUAAAGUACUUGUAAUAAUUCACACAAUCCUUAAAAUGUUCAUCACCUAAGUUAAUUAUUUUCUUUACUGUAAGCAUUUAAAAGCAGAUUCUUUCUGGCA